AUGCCAACCAGUGUGUCGUUUAGUCCCGAUAAAAUGCCAGACCUCUCCGGGAAGGUCAUUCUAGUAACUGGCGGAACUGCCGGUCUGGGCGCCGCGACGGUGCUCCAUCUGGCGAAACACUCACAGCCGCCCGCACACAUCUACAUCAGCGGACGGAACGCAAAGCGCGCCGACGAGCUUAUCAAACAGGUAGCAGGCUCAAACUCUCCGACGCCUGUCUCGUUCCUCCCCUGCGACCUGGCCUCCCUCGCCUCCGUAAACGAAGCAGCCGAAACAAUCCUCAGCCAGGAAUCCCGGCUCGACAUCCUCAUGUGCAACGCAGGCGUCAUGCCGCAGGCGCCCGCGCUGACAAAGGACGGCUACGAGGUGCAAUUCGGCACCAACCACCUGGGCCACGCACUGCUAAUCCAGAAGUGUCUGCCGCUGCUGCAGCGGACAGCGGAGGAGCACUCGGACGCGCGCAUCGUCCUCCUCACCUCGCUGGCCUUCCAUCUGCACCCCCGCGCCGGGAUCGCCUUCUCCGACCUCAAGACCGUGCAAAAUCUCCUCGCCUUUGGCGCUGGCCCCUGGAUCCGCUACGGGCAGAGCAAGCUCGCUAAUCUCCUGUAUGCGCGUGAGCUGGCCCGUCGGUACCCCGCCAUCACCUGCGUCUCGGUCCAUCCCGGGGUGGUGAGCACGGAGAUGGUCGAGAACCUGAGCUGGUGGAACCGCGCGUCAAUCUAUUUGACUAAUAUAGGUAAGGUGGUGAAGCCUGCGGAGGGUGCGUAUACCCAGCUCUGGGCGGCGACGGCGCCGAAAGAGGAGUUGGUGAACGGGCAGUAUUAUGAGCCGGUGGGGGUGCCGGGGGAGCUUGAUAGGGUUGCGCGUGAUGAUGCUUUGGCGGAGAGGCUGUGGGAGUGGACGGAGGAGGAGCUGGCAGAGUACAUGACUAGAUCGUCUGGGGUUCGUCAAGCUUCUUCUUAG